UUCCUUACAAAAUCACAGGAUCUUUAAUUUGUGAGGUUUUACUCUUCUUCCCCGGCCGGUGGUGAAGUCAUUGGCCACCCCGUUGCCCCCAUCAUACAUUGUUCCUUUUGAGGUUUGAAGUUUCAAACAGAAAGGAACUUAAAUAUUUUAAGCAAAUCCUUGCUUCUUGAAGUAUUAGAGAGAUUUGCAAUGGGGGCUACUGAAGAGGCCUUACAAAAUCUUGUAAAUGUAAACGUUGUUGAUGCAGAAAAUCCAAAAAAUAUUAAAGUUAGUGGUACAGAAGAUUCGGUAGUAAAUGACAAAGAAUUAGGUGCUAAAGAAACCCCUAUUAAAGAUAAGAAAGAUAGUAUUCCAGGUGAAGUAAAAGAGAUGUUGAAAUCAUUGGCAAGUGAAUGGGAGAAUGUAGUUGAUAUCAAUGCAUUGCAAGUGAUCCCUCUUAAAGGGGCAAUGACAAAUGAGGUGUUCCAAAUAAAAUGGCAAACAACAGCAGGAGAAUCCUCAAGGAAGGUUUUACUAAGAACCUAUGGUGAGGGUACUGGUAUUUUCUUUGAUAGGGAUGUUGAAGUCACAACAUUUGAAUUCAUGUCAAAGAGCGGACAAGGACCUAGUUUGCUAGGAAGGUUUGCUAAUGGUCGCAUUGAAGAAUUCAUCAAUGCCAGGACAUUAUCAGCAUCUGAUUUGCGAGAUCCAUCUAUUUCUGCUCUUAUAGCAGCCAAACUGAAGGAGUUUCAUGAUCUUGAUAUGCCUGGCCCAAAAACCGUGAACCUUUGGGAUAGGUUAAGAAACUGGCUUAGUGAAGCCAAGCGCUUGUGUUCUCCUGAAGAAGCUGAAGCAUUUCAUUUGGACACAAUGGACAAGGAAAUAUCUGCUUUGGAAAUUUUUUUAUCAGACACCCACCAACGCAUAGGAUUUUGCCACAAUGAUUUGCAAUAUGGUAACAUAAUGUUUGAUGAAGAAUCCAGUUCUGUGACCAUAAUUGAUUAUGAAUAUGCAAAUUAUAAUCCUGUAGCAUAUGAUAUAGCAAACCACUUUAAUGAGAUGGCUGCCAACUAUCAUACAGAUACCCCACAUGUGCUUGACUUCACUAAAUAUCCUGAUUUGGAGGAGCGUCGAAGAUUUGCACAUGCGUAUUUGAGUUCUUCGGGUGAACAACCUAGUGACACUGAAGUGGAGCAGUUGCUUGAUGACAUUGAGAAAUAUGCACUUGCUAAUCAUAUACUAUGGGGCGUGUGGGGAAUAAUUUCGGAACAUGUAAAUAAAAUUGACUUUGACUACAAGGAGUAUGCGAAACAGAGGCUUCAAGAGUACUGGUCAAGGAAAACUUGUCUUUUGGGCUCUCAUGAGUACUCUUCCCAUGAUAAUGCGACUAAGGGUAAUGGGGAGCAAACACUAACAUCAACCACUAACAGAAAGCCAGCUAAGAGGAAUAGUGUCUCCAAUAAAUUGAAGAAAAUCUUUGGUCUUGGCUUUUUCAGAUCGAAACACUAGAGCUUUCUUGUUAAGAGUCAUUGGAUAAUUCUGAAGACCUCCAAUCCUUGAGAAAAGAAAAUUAGUACGGUAAUAAUCCACAAGUUACCCACUUGAUCUUGAUCAUGUACUGUUCUCUGGAAAUUAUGGGUAUCUUUCAAAGCAACUGAGAUGGAUCUGUUGGCAAGGGUUUUCUUAAAAAUACAUGUCAAACAACUUUGAUCUAAAAGGUGUAAUUGCGGAUGUGUUUACCUUUAUGGUUGUAGAUGUGACCAUUGUGUUUAUAGGCAUUGUGGUUGCUGCAAUGAGCAAGGUUGGGUAGGUAGCAAAGCCAUCAUCAAUGCACUCGCUUUGAGAAUGCUAGUAUCAAUGCAUAUCAUAAUCAAAGCUAGAGUUGUAUUAUGUUUUAGAGUUCUAAUAUUAAUUGUUAAGAGAAAUAAUUAAUUAAAGUAAAA